AUAUAUAUAAUAUAACUAUAAUAUACCAAUAGAAACAAACCCAAAACAAGGUAUCAUCAUCAAGAACAGCCAUGGGAGGAUCUGUGGUCAACCAUCUAUUUUUCACCGCCAUUUUCAUUCUGAUCUCCACAACCACCUUCUGCAGAUCCGAGGAUGAUCCAGACUGCAUUUACAGCGUCUACAUACGAACUGGUAGCAUCUGGAAAGGUGGGUCGGACUCCAUAAUGAGCCUCACACUCUACGACGCCGCCGGCUACGGCAUCAGGAUCUCCGACAUCGAGGCAUGGGGCGGCUUAAUGGGUUCCGGCUAUGAUUACUUCGAGAGAGGAAAUCUGGAUCUAUUUAGUGGUCGAGGGCCGUGUUUGACUGGGCCGCCAUGCGAGAUGAAUUUGACUUCCGAUGGGACGGGGUCCGGCCAUGGAUGGUACUGUAACUACGUGGAGGUGACGGCCACCGGAGUUCACUCGCAGUGUGCACAGCAGCAGUUUGAGGUGGAGCAGUGGUUGGCCACCGAUACUUCGCCGUAUGAACUGACGGCGAUCAGAAACUACUGUGAGUAUUCUGCAACCCGCCGAAGAGCCGGCGCCGGCAACGUGAUUCUGGAGUCUGGUUCUUCAUAUGUGGUUCGUAUGGCAAAGUGAGUAGGAUAAUUACCAUGUUGGAAAAGUUGAGUUGUUAAUUAUUGUGUUGUUUGCCAAAAAAAUAAAAUUGGAUACAAUAUUCAUUUCAUAAUAA